GGACCCUACUGUCAGACCUUCCAUGCAAGCAGCCAAUGUUGCCCAUUGCGCCUCGAUGAAACCGAUGAGACACGUGAAGAUGAAAAGCAAAGAGCUCUGACAAGAUCAUGAAGGACGGUGACUUCGCCACGACAUCAGAUUCAGAUGAGGCAGGAAGUGCAUCGCACGCUUGAGAUGAUGCAGCAUUGCACGUGUCAAGAUAGAGGCGAGUCAGAACUCUGCCAGGUCGAGACACUAGGCCUCCAAAACCUCACAGUGUCGCGGCAGAGAUCUGACCUGGCAGCCUGCCAUACACUAUACGCUGUGGCAUUUCGUGCAUUAGGAGCAAUUUCGAUGCCAUUCCUCUUGUGUGGUACCAUGGCACUUUUGGUUGCAGCUGUGAUGUUAAAGGGGCUGAAACGGCCAAAGCCUGAUUUCCGGAGGAGCUUGAUGUGUGUUGCACUGUUGGAAGUACUUGGAGCUGUCAUUGUGUGGCUUCCAUCUUGGUUGUUUCCAAGCAUCUCCCUUGCCGUUGCAGCUGGCCUAGCGCCGAUCCAUGCCUAUUUCAUCAGCAUUACGGUUGGACAUCUUGCCAUAUCUGUCUCUGGGGCAGAAUCUGGAGCUUCAGCAACAAGCAAAGCCGCACAUAUCUACAAAGUACUGUAUCAAGGAUACUGUGCUGCUAGCCGCGUGGAGCUAUGCUUGUCCGUUGGAAGCAUAUCGCUGCUGCUCCUCUUCUGGUGCUUUGUCCUGGAUGUGUUUCGGAUCAUUGCAUCUGUCAGCUGCUGGCAGCCCAAAUUAGAUGUUCAAGGUUCUCAGCUGUGGCAAAUGUUUCAGCAAUGGCGCGAAAGGUAA